AUGCAACAACCUUCGACAGAAGAUCAACUGAUGGUUGUGAGGGAAGCGCCACAUUUAUUAAAGCUUGGAAAGGAAUCAUCUUCCCCUUCCAACGAAGAAGAGAUGCUGCUUGCGUACCAUGAGACAAAUAAGAUAAAACUAGCGAAGACUUAUUUCGACUGCAAGGAAUACGAUAGGGCCGCUCAUGUUUUGAAAGAUUGCCAUAGUUGGAAAGCUACCUUUAUAAAGCUUUAUUCUAUGUACAUAAGUGGAGACAAAAGGAAGGAGGAAGAAAGUGAUGGUAUACUUGGCCAAAAUAACUCCAACAAUAACUUCUAUUGCAACAAGAACAUCCCUGUGAUAGUAAAAGAAUUAGAAACCCUGGAGCAUCCCAAUUUGAACAGUAACUCGCAUUUGUUGUGUCUGUAUGGUAUAGUUCUACUGGAGAAUAAGAACUCCACAAAAGGUCAAGAAGUAUUAUUCAAGUCUCUGGUAUUGAAUCCAUUCAACUGGAGUUGCUGGUUAGAACUUUUAUCCAGUUUCACAAGCUUUUCAGAAGCCACUGUAUAUCUGAGCAAGUUUCAUAAAGCAUUGCAGAACGCUUUUGAGUAUAAAAUCAUGCUGCUUUUCUUCAGGCUUACAGUGAAUCAGGUGUUCUUUCAAUCGUCGGAAGAGAUUAACAGUGAUUUGGCCACACUUUCGGCUAUCUUUCCGUGUUUUAGUUACUUGAACGCACAAAAGGCUCUUAUCGCAUACAAUAUGCUAGAUUACAACAACGCUGAAAUCUUAUUUGACCAAAUCUUGUUAUCUGACCCUCUAAGGUUAGAUGACUUGGAUACUUAUUCCAACAUUUUGUAUGUGAUGGAAAAAGACUCAAAGCUAUCAUUUUUAGCUCAAUUUGCGAGCAAGAUUGAUAAAUUUAGGCCCGAGACUUGCUGUAUCGUUGCAAAUUAUUAUUCUCUCAAAUUUGAACAUGAGAAGGCGAUAAUGUACUAUAAAAGGGCGUUGACUUUAAAUAAGAACUGCUUGAGUGCCUGGACAUUGAUGGGUCAUGAAUUUGUUGAAUUAAAAAACUCGCAUGCUGCAAUUGAGAGUUACCGACGAGCAGUAGAUACUAAUAACAAGGACUUUAGGGCAUGGUACGGUCUUGGUCAAGCUUAUGAGGUGCUAGACAUGCACCUUUACUCUCUUUACUAUUAUCAGAGAGCCUGCUCUUUAAAGCCAUUGGAUAAACGAAUGUGGCAGGCAAUAGGGAACUGUUAUGAAAAACUGGGUGAAACAAAGGAAUCAGUUAAAUGCUACCAAAAGGCACUCAAAAUUUCCACAGUGGUCGACACACAAUUAUUGUACAAAAUAGGAACCCUCUAUGAAGUGCUGAACGAUAUCAAAACAACCUACAAUUACAUGAAACUUUGCUUCGAAGAAGAGUACAACCAAGAAGUGACUGAAGACACAUCUAAAGCCAAACUUUGGCUUGCGAGAUACGAAUCACAGCAAGGUAAUUGGUCUUUUACUUACAAAUUGGCAAGCGAUAUUAGCUAUGGAAACUCUAAUAUAAUAGAAGAGGCACGGGCUCUUGCGAGAGAGGCAAGAUUGAAACUGGAUAGAUAG